AUGGGGACACUCUGGCUGGGACUGCUGGUUCUCCUGGUGCCCAGCGAGCUCCACAGCCUUCCCCUGCUGACUACAGAGCGGCCUGGCCCACCUGCCCCAUCGCAGGAUGAGGUGAUGUUUGCAAAGAGAUACUUAGAGAAGUUCUAUGGCUACGGGCCGUCCCAGUCGGACCGGCAGAGGAGGGGGGCAGUCAGCCCCGCCACGGCUGAUGACCGGCUCUGCGCGGCGGUGAAGCAGAUGCAGCGGUACUUCGGCCUUCCCGACAACGGCCGGCUGACGCCCGACACGCUGGCGCUCAUGCGGAAGCCUCGGUGUGGCUUGUCCGACGUGGAGCCCUUCCACAACACGUGGCGCUGGAAGAGGAGUACGCUGAGCUACAGAAUCUCUAGCUACGGCCCGACUGCCAGCGUCUCCGCUAAAGUGCACAGAGCCUUCCGGAGGGCGUGGAGGUUGUGGGCGGAGGUGACACCCGUCCGCGUCCGCAGGAGGAGCCGGAGGGAUGCUGACAUCGUCAUCUCCUUCCACCACGGAGACCAUCAGGACGGUUCUCCGUUCGAUGGCAAGGGGGGAGCCUUGGCUCACGCCUUCCUGCCUGGCGAUGACCUCGGUGGGGAUGUUCACUUUGAUGAAGAGGAGGACUGGAGCUUCAACUCCACAGGCUUCAACCUCUUUGCGGUGGCAGUGCAUGAGUUUGGCCACGCCCUGGGCCUGCCUCACGCCAUGGACCCCGGGGCGGUGAUGUACCCGACGUACAGCUUCCUGCCGGACCUACGGCUGGCCCACCAUGAUGUCCAGGCGGCCCAGCGCAUGUACGGCAUCAAUCCGAAGUAUGCUUCCCUCUUCUACAAGAGGCCCCCUCCUCGGACACCUGACAAGUGUGACCCAAAUUUGUCGUUUGAUGCGGUGACAGAACUCCAGCAGGAGAUCGUGUUUUUCAAAGACAGAUUCAUGUGGCGUAAGUAUCCGACAUCUGAUGAGAUCGGGAUCAGUCUGAUCCGUGGCUUGUGGCCCGAUGCUGUACCACAUAACAUGGACGCCGCCUAUGAGAAUGUGGAGAUGAACCAACUCUUGUUUUUCAAAGAUAGUCAGUACUGGGCGAUCAGACAGUUAAAUCUGAUGGCAGGGUUCCCCAGCAACAUCUCAGACCUGGGCUUCCCUCCCAGAGUGCAGGCUGUAGACGCUGCACUUCACUUCCGCUUCGCACACCUCACCGUCUUCUUCACUGGCACUGAGUGCUGGAGGUACGACGAGCAGCAGAAGACAAUGGAGGAGGGGUCCCCAGCGCCAAUAGACCAGCAAUGGCCGGGCGUUCCCUCUCACCUCGAUGCAGCUAUUUUUUAUAAGGGUUUCGUAUACUUCUUCAAAGGAGGUUUCCAGUACAAGUACGACCCUGAGGUGAACCUGCUUCUGGAGAUCUCCAUCUCUGGCUUUGCUGACCACAAAGAUGUUGAGGACUUGUGUAGUAAGGGCCUCUUGUACAGUCCCAACAUCGUCAUCAUCAAAAACCUUCCUUCACGGCAAAACAACAUGCGCUCUUUGAACCUGUGCAUCUUCCUGAGCUUGACGGCGGCAGUGGUUUACUCCCUGCCCCUAGACAGAGAUCAACCGCCACAACAAAUCACCCAUAAAGAUGAAGAAUUUGCAGAGAGCUACCUCAAGAGCUUCUUCAACCUCACCAAAGAGCAUGAGAGGUCUUUUGGUCGCCGGGGGGUCAACCCCAUGGUCGAGAAGCUCAGGGACAUGCAGCGCUUCUUUGGCCUGAGUAUCACUGGCACUGUGGACGCUGACACCAUAAAGAUAAUGAAGAAGCCCCGCUGCGGGGUCCCCGACACCCAAGUCGCCCGUUUCUCCACUUUCGAGGGGAACCAAAAGUGGCGAACAACGGCCCUCACCUACAGGAUUCUGAACUACACUCCGGACAUGUCCCGGGCAGAGGUAGACGAGUCUGUGGAAAAAGCGUUGAAUGUGUGGGCCAGGGUCACUCCCCUGACGUUUCGAAGGAUCGAGCGCGGUACCGCUGACAUCAUGAUCUCUUUUGGGAGACGAUCGCAUGGUGAUUACUACCCCUUCGACGGCCCCCAGGGCACCCUCGCCCACGCCUUCGCCCCGUCCACGGGGAUCGGCGGCGACGCCCACUUUGAUGAAGACGAGGAUUUCACCUACCGCUCAAGAAGAGGUUAUGUUCUUUUCCUGGUUGCGGCCCAUGAGUUUGGACAUUCCCUGGGCUUGGGCCACUCCAGGGACCCCGGUGCGCUCAUGUACCCAAAUUACAUCUACAAGAACCCCGACACGUUUCAGCUGCCCCGUGACGAUGUCAACGGCAUCCAGUCCCUCUAUGGUCCUAAUGUCAUCGUGGACCCAACUGAACCCACACCACCCACCACCCCCGACUCCUGCGACGCCACCAUGGUCCUCGACGCUGUGAGCACCCUGAGGGGCGAGAUGCUCUUCUUCAAGGGCAGUUUCUUCUGGCGUAAGCACCCCCAGAACCCCAGGCCCCGGCAGUCCCUCAUCUCCAGCUUCUGGCCCAACGCCCCCGAAAAAGUCGAUGCUGCUUUCGAGAGCCGCCAGACUGACCGAGUCUAUCUAUUCCAAGGUCGUCAGGUCUGGGCUUUCUCCGGGUAUGGUCUGGUGAGCGGCUUUCCCAGGAAUAUCGACUAUUUCGGUCUGCCUAGGAACGUAAAAAAAAUCAAUGCUGCCUUGUACGAUACCCAUACACGCAGGACCUUGUUCUUUGUGGGCGACCAGUACUAUAGUUAUAAUGAGGCAAGACGAACGAUGGACGCCGGAUUCCCCAAGUCAAUAGAAACCCUCCUCCCAGGACACACCAGCAAGGUGACAGCUGGAUUCCAGUACAGAGGUUACACCUACAUUUACAGCGGGUCCAACAUGCUUGAGUACAGCCUGAGGACCGGAAGGCUGUUCCGUGUCCUGAAAAACAAUUACUUCCUGCCAUGCGCUAGAAGAAUCUGACCUCAUAUUGUGUUUUAACAACCAAUGGCAGUCACAGUGAACAAACCAGUGUUACAUUUCUUGAUAAUAUAUUUUACAAAGAUCUAUUAAUUUUGUAGCAGAUGUUUGUAGGCCUACAUAUGUUUUUUUAUUCAUUAAAACAUUUAUUUUUUAAUAAACAUGAUUUUUCAAUCCUAAUUUAUUUGUACUAUGUUUCGACGAAAGAUUAAU